AUGCAUUGGCAAAUAGCGUUUGUUACCGCGGUCGUCCUGGACACUGCGUUCGCCUGGUCGCCAAGUAAUAGUUACGCUCCUGCCAACGUCAGUUGCGCCAACGACAUUUCCCUGGUUCGUGAAGCUUCUGGGCUUUCCAAUAACGAAACGGAAUGGUUGAAAAAACGAGACGCGUACACCAAAGAUGCCCUCAGAUCGUUUUUGGAUCGCGCUACCCAGAACUUCACAAAUUCGUCGUUGGUCGAGUCGCUCUGGAAUUCUGACAAAGUGCCCAAAUUGGGUGUCGGUUGCUCUGGUGGUGGAUACAGAGCAAUGCUCAGCGGAGCAGGUAUGCUUUCCGCAAUGGACAACAGAACCGUGGGAGCCAACAAACACGGUCUGGGAGGACUUCUGCAAAGUGCCACGUACCUGGCAGGGCUUUCCGGUGGUAAUUGGCUCGUGGGGUCGCUUGCGUGGAACAACUGGACCUCGGUGCAAGACGUCAUCGACAGUCGUGGCCAAAGUGACGAACUGUGGGAUAUAAGCAACUCGAUUUUGAACCCUGGCGGGAUCAAUAUCCUAAGCAGUGCGUCGCAAUGGGAUCACAUCUCGGACGCCGUCGAGGCCAAGCAAGAUGCUGGCUUCAACACUUCCCUCACAGACGUGUGGGGCCGUGCGUUGUCCUAUAACUUUUUCCCCACACUUUACCGCGGCGGAGAGGCCUACACAUGGUCCACUUUGAGAGAUUCUGACGUUUUCAAAAACGCUGAAAUGCCUUUUCCCAUCUCAGUGGCUGACGGAAGAUAUCCUGGAACCGAGAUUGUAGACUUGAAUUCGACUUUGUUUGAGUUCAAUCCAUUCGAAAUGGGUUCGUGGGACCCAUCUUUAAACGCUUUCUCUGACGUCAUGUACCUAGGUACCAACGUUUCUAAUGGUACACCAGUCACCCAGGGCAAGUGUGUGGCGGGCUUUGAUAAUGCAGGCUUCAUAAUGGGCACAUCAUCAACCCUUUUCAAUCAAUUUUUGCUACAAUUGAACACAACCUCAUUGAGCUCGUUUAUAAAAGGAAUCGUUGGUGAUUUCUUAAAGGACUUGUCAGGCGACUACGACGACAUUGCCAUUUACAAUCCCAACCCUUUCAAGGAUAUCCCAUACGUUGCAUCCAACUACAGUCAGAGUAUUGUGGAGUCUGAAAAUUUGUUUUUGGUUGAUGGUGGUGAGGAUGGAGAGAAUAUUCCAUUGGUCCCCAUGCUACAACAAGACAGAGAUUUGGAUGUGAUCUUUGCCUUGGACAACAGUGCUGACACUAACGAAUACUGGCCAGCUGGGCUUUCCUUGAUAUCAACUUACGAACGUCAAUUCGGUCCUCAAGGAAGGGGCCUGGCUUUUCCUUAUGUCCCAGAUUUUGACACGUUUGUCAACAGUGGCUUGAACUCUAGACCAACCUUUUUCGGUUGCGACGCAUCGAACUUGACAGAUUUGUCACACACUCCUCCAUUGAUCGUCUACAUGCCUAACAAUCGCCAGUCUUACAACUCCAAUACCAGUACUUUCAAGAUGUCGUACAGUUCAAGUCAGCGUAUGAGUAUGUUCCAGAAUGGAUUCGAGGCCGUCACUCGCAACAAUUUGACUGAUGAUUCUGGAUUUGCAGGUUGUGUUGCGUGCGCCAUUAUGAGAAGGAAGCAGGAAUCUUUGAACGCUACUUUACCACAGGAAUGUACAAAGUGCUUCCAAGACUACUGCUGGAAUGGGAAACUUUCAAAUGCGGACUCUAAUGUCACUAGCCAAGGAGCCUACACUGGUUCGAUUUCUUUCCAGACUGAUUCCGCAACGUCAGCAGGUUCCUCAUCCACCUCAGCUUCCAGCAAGAAGAAAAAUGCUGCGCCAUCAAUGGCUGAAUCUUACAAUUCUGGCUGGAUAAUUGCAUUCUCAACUUUGUUAGGCACCAUACUGGGACUACUUUGA